AUGCCGCAUUCUGUAACUCAAAAACGCACGAUUUCUUCCCUCAGACACGAAAAAGAACAGCUCAAGAAGGUGCUAGAAGGCAAGUCUCCCUCUAUUUUCACAUUCAAACGCAUCGAUCUACAAUCAUGUCCUCCAGGCCUCCAGAAGGAUGCUGACACAUUGUGUCAAAACCAUGUCCAAGAGCAAAUUCCAUGGCCACAGGGUCGUGCAGAUUGUCUCAAUUGUGGCUUCUGUCUGAUGGAGGAAAUGAGCAUUACGAAAGAAGAUAUGAACACUGUACAAGAAUCCAUUCGAUCUGCCCUACGCGCAAAUAUUGGGGGGCCAUACCUUAAAGGCAUGAUAAGAUACAAUGCCAUCGACAUUGACAUGCUCAAAAUAAUUCAAGAUGAAAUCCUUAUCGAGCAUGCUUGGAUCAAACAGAAUUAUGAAGAAAGCUGGCCUAUUCCAGUGCUAAUCAAGACAGCGAUAGAGAAUCAUAAAACAAAUAAUACUGCCAUAGAUAAUGUUGCCAUUGAGAGUGACACUGAACUGGGCAACUGCGGAAAUGACCCCACCAAAUCAGACGAAGAAUUGGAUGACAGCCACACUAAAUUUGAUGGGAGCCACACUCAAUCAGACGAUGACCAAAUCGAAUCAGAUGAUUACCAUGCUAAGGCUGUGGGAAACCAAGGGAUUACUGGAAAAGUGCGAGGGAAAGAACACAAAAUUCCAUCAAGAAUCCGCUUGCAUCUCCCUUCAAAGAACAAAUACAUUGAUGAUGCUCUCACGGAUGAAGACAUCGAUCCUCUUCCUAAGCACAAGUAA